AUGGAUCCAUCAUCAUAUUACGCAUACGACAAUAUCGUCCCAUCAUUCAGACUAGAUGGCAGAUUAGCCAUCUUGACUGGUGGUUCAGGUGGUUUAGCCGCUGUUGUCGCUAGAGCCUUACUUGCACAAGGUGCCGAUAUUGCCCUUAUUGAUGUCAAUUUGGAAAGAACACAACAAGCCGCUAAGGAAAUUUUACUUUGGGGUGAAGAACAAAUGAAGGGCAAACACGAAUCUCCAAUUGGUCAAGUUUCUGCCUGGUCUUGUAACAUCGGAGACGCUGAAUCAGUCGAAUUGACAUUUAAAGCUAUUAACGAACAUCACGGUAAGAUUUCAGACUUGUUGAUUAAUUCUGCGGGUUAUGCUGAAAACUUCCCAGCUGAAGAAUAUCCUGCCAAGAAUGCUGAAUCCAUAGUGAAGGUUAAUGGAUUGGGUGCAUUUUACGUUUCACAAUCAUUUGCAAGACCUUUAAUUGCUGCCAACAAGAAAGGUUCUAUUAUUCUUAUUGGAUCAAUGUCGGGUACCAUUGUCAAUGAUCCUCAACCACAAUGUAUGUACAAUAUGUCAAAGGCUGGUGUUAUACAUUUGGUUCGGUCAUUGGCUUGUGAAUGGGCUAAAUAUAACAUCAGGGUCAACACUUUGAGUCCUGGUUAUAUUUUGACUCCAUUGACUAGAAAUGUCAUUGCUGGUCAUGCUGAUAUGAAGGCUGAAUGGGAAAGCAAAAUUCCAAUGAAACGUAUGGCUGAACCAAAGGAAUUCGUUGGAUCUAUUUUGUAUUUGGCUUCUGAUUCCGCCUCAUCUUAUACUACUGGGCAUAACUUGGUCGUUGAUGGAGGUUACGAGUGUUGGUAG